AUGGAUAAAGCUUGGGUUUGGUUGCCAAGGAAUAGCCUUGAAUAUGAGGUAGGAGCAACUAAGUUUCUCACUGAUUCAGCAAAAAGAUUAGGUUAUCCAUCGGAGAUAUUCUGUCCUUGCGUUGAUUGCCGAAAUGUUUGCCACCAAUCAACUCAGACUGUGUUGGAGCAUCUAGUGAUACGAGGGAUGGAUCAGAAGUACAAGAGAAGUCAAUGUUGGAGCAAUCACGGGGAUAAAAGGAAUGAGAAGAUGAUUGAUGUUGAUGCGUCUGAGUAUGAGGCGUAUGAUCUGAUUAGGACUGCUUUUAUGGCAAGUGAAAGCAAGAAACCAUCUCAGCAGCAGAAUGUAGAUCAGUUUGAAGAUACUGACGCAGAUACUGAGUUCAAGAAGAAGUUAGAGGAUGCAGAAACUCCCUUGUACUCGACGUGUAUGAACUAUACCAAAGUUCAAGCAAUCAUGGGACUAUACCGAAUAAAAGUCAAGAGUGGGAUGUCAGAGAACUACUUUGACCAGCUUCUGAUGCUAGUUCACGAGAUGUUGCCACUCGACAAUGUUCUACCUAAGUCUACUGAUGAGAUGAAGAAAUUUUUGAAGAUGUUUGGGUUCGGCUAUAAUGUGAUUCACGCCUGCAAGAAUGACUGCAUUCUUUAUCGGAAUCAGUAUGAGGAGUUGGUGAGCUGUCCAAGAUGUAGUGAAUCAAGGUGGGAAAAGGAUAAACACACAGGUGGGGACAAGCAAGGGAUUCCUGCGAAAGUGCUUAGAUAUUUUCCGAUUAAAGAAAGACUUAGGAGGAUGUUUAGAUCAAAACGGGUAGCUGAGGCUUUGUGUUGGCACUACAGUAAUGGUAGUGAAGAUGGUACUAUGCGGCAUCCAGUUGACUCCUUGACUUGGUUUCAGGUCAACGAGAAAUGGCCGGAGUUUGCUGCUGAUGCUAGAAACCUUAGACUAGGGAUUUCUACAGAUGGCAUGAAUCCCUUUUCGAUCCAGAAUACAAAGUAUAGCACAUGGCUGGUGCUCUUGGUCAACUACAACAUGGCACCAACUGAGUGUAUGAGAGCAGAGAAUAUCAUGCUGACACUGUUGAUCCCUGGACCAACCGCACCUAGCAACAACAUUGACGUCUACUUACAGCCGCUGAUAGAUGAUUUGAAAGACUUGUGGAUUCAAGAUUUAGAAGUUUAUGAUACCUUUAAGAAGGAGAGUUUCACUCUUAGUGCCAUGUUGCUGUGGAGCCUCAGCGACUAUCCUGCGUUAGGGACAUUAGCUGGAUGUAAGGUCAAGGGGAAACAAGCUUGUAAUGUAUGUGGAAAGGAUACACCAUACAGGUGGUUAAAGUUCAGUCGGAAGCAUGUAUAUAUGGGCAACAGGAAGCGACUAAGGCCUGGUCAUCCAUACCGACGUAGAAAGGGGUGGUUCGACAAUAUCAUAGAAUCUGGGUCUGCGAAAAGAAUUCAGAGUGGAACAGACAUAUUUGAGAGCCUAAAGGAUUUUAGGAAUGAUUUUGGAAGACCUUUGGAUAAGAAGAAAGGUAAGAGAAAUAGAAACGAUGUCGACGAAGAUGAUGUGAUAUCAACAGAAGAAUAUGAAGACGACAAUGACCUAUGGAGAUGGAAAAAAAGGUCUAUAUUUUUUUAUUUACCGUACUGGAAGGAUCUGCCUGUGCGGCACAACAUUGACGUCAUGCAUGUCGAGAAGAAUGUCUCUGAUGCAUUACUCGCAAUUCUGAUGCAUAGCCAAAAAUCUAAGGAUGGGUUGAAAGCAAGAAAAGAUUUAGAAGACAUUGGUAUUCGUCGCAACCUACAUACUCAGGUACGUGGGAAAAGAACUUACUUACCUCCAGCUGCAUAUUGGCUUUCUAAGGAAGAAAAACGGAUAUUCUGCAAAAGGCUAUCUAAAUUCAGAGGGCCAGAUGGAUAUUGUGCAAACAUUGCUAAUUGUGUUUCUGUUGAUCCGCCUAUUAUUGGUGCUAUGAAGUCACAUGACCAUCAUAUAUUAAUGCAAAAUUUGUUUCAUGUUGCAUUAAGAGGUUUACUGCCAAAUGGUCCUCGGGUUGCAGUGACUCGGCUAUGCAAUUUCUUCAGUAGACUGUGCCAACGUGUUAUAGAUCCAGAGAAAUUACUAGCAUUAGAAUCAGAGGUUGUGGAAACUAUGUGCCAGAUGGAGAGAUUCUUUCCGCCUUCACUUUUUGACAUCAUGUUUCAUCUACCAAUACAUCUUGCAAGAGAAGCACGCUUGGGUGGGCCGGUACACUUCAGAUGGAUGUACCCAUUUGAAAGGUAUAUGAAGACACUAAAGGGAUAUGUCAAGAAUUUUGCUAGGCCAGAAGCGUGUAUGGCUGAGGGAUAUUUGGCUGGUGAAUGUAUUGCAUUUUGUAUGGAGUUUCUACAGAAGUCUGUACCAGUUCAAGAAGCUAUUAAUCGUAAUGAAGAUAUUGAGGCAGAUCAAACUGUUCUCGAAGGCCGGCCACUGCUAAAAGCUACAGAAGUUACACUUUCAGAUAAAGAUCGAGACAUAGCUCAUCGAUAUAUUCUCAUGAAUACAGCAGUUAUGGAUCCAUAUGUUCAGUACUUGAUUAAGAUGAAUCGUGGAGCCAUCGAAGUCCGUCGCAGUAAGCGUCAGCAAGGUCUCGACGUGAUUUCUCACGAGUCGUUGAGUGCAAAGAAAAACCGAAAACAAGCCCCUGUCGAUAAUGACGAAAUUCCAUGCGAGAAUGAGGGAGCAAAGAGUGAUGAGUACUUUUCAGAAGACGAUGGGAAUGGCAUUGCUGAGGAGGACCAACAGAGUAAAGAGCCAUCACGAAUGGAGGAGGAUAAUGUAGCUGACGAAGAAGUUGAGCAACAGUUACCCGAUACUGAAGAAGAAACUACCCAGCCUCCAGCGAAAGGAGCUUCCAACAUGUCAGACGAGGUUCAGACACAACAGCCAUAG